AUGGCGGAAAAAAUCCCACUCCCCUAUUCGAUCACUGCACUUGAGGCUCUUGCAGCAAUAAGGGCUCUGAGAUUGGCUGGGGACAUUGGUCUUGAGUCUUUCAUCCUAGAGGGGGAUUCCAAGAUCACUAUUGAUGCUUUGGCAGGAAAUAUCGUGGAGCAUGCUGAGUUUGGAAACCUGUUUGAGGAAGCUAAGGAGUUGGCAAGUCAGUUUGGUGACGUGAGUUUUAACCAUGUAAGGAGACAGGGCAAUGGUGCCGCGCAUAACAGUGCUAGACAUGCAAGACAUGUUAGCGAGUAUACAGUGUGGAUGGAGGAUAUUUCUCCACAUCUUUCUACUGUAAUUCAAGCCGAGUUGGCGUCUUUUGAAUAA